AUGUCAACAGAGGCAUUCUUAAACAGUUUUCGGAGAUUCAUAGCUUGCAGAGGAAAACCACGCGAAGUCAUCAGUGAUAAUGCUUUACAUUUCAAAUUGGCUAAACAUACAAUUGAGUUUGUAUGGAGCUCAAUUUUGAAAAGUGAGGAUGUGCAGAGCUAUUGUUCAAGUGAGGGUAUUAGUUGGAGGUUUAUUGUGGAAAUCGCACCCUGGAUGGGUGGUUUCUAUGAGAGACUAGUUGGAAUGACAAAACGAUCUCUACGCAAAUCUAUCGGAAGAAAGCUUCUAAGCAGCGAUCAACUUAUUACUGUAAUAAAAGAAGUUGAAGCAAUUGUCAACUGUCGUCCAUUAGUGUAUGCUGGCGGAGAAAUAAAUUCUAAUAUCACACUGACACCUUCUCACUUCACGUGUUUGAACCCAAAUAUUGGGAUUCCCGAGUGUGAAAUAUCUUCUGAGGACCCCGAUUUUAAAGUAAUAGAGAGCUCAGCUGAUAAGUUGUUAGCAAUAUGGAAAAGCGGACAAAAACUUUUGGAUACCUUCUGGAAAAUUUGGAAAGAAGAAUAUUCGUGUAGUCUAAGGGAAAGAACACAAACAAAUCUGAAGCAGGGAAAGCCUAAAGUAACGUUCAAUCCAAGAGUAGGUGAUGUAGUACUAAUCAAAGAACACAACUAG